AUGGAGGUCCUGAGGACUUACCUCCUCUCUUCAUUCAUAUUUUGCUUGCUCUCUCUUGCUGCUGGUCGAUAUGAGAUAAGAAGGCUUGUUCCUUCAGGUCCUGAUCCAAUGGAGCCUCCUGAAACACCAUCAACUUCAUUUACCAAAACCCAGUUUGGGAUGAAGAGGCUUGUUCCUACAGGUCCUGAUCCAGUGGAGCCUCCUGAAACACCAUCCACUUCAUUUACCAAAACCCAUUUUGGGGUGAAGAGGCUUGUUCCUUCAGGUCCUGAUCCAGUGGAGCCUCCUGAAACACCAUCCACUUCAUUUACCAAAACCCAGUUUGGGAUGAAGAGGCUUGUUCCUACAGGUCCUGAUCCAGUGGAGCCUCCUGAAACACCAUCCACUUCAUUUACCAAAACCCAUUUUGGGGUGAAGAGGCUUGUUCCUUCAGGUCCUGAUCCAGUGGAGCCUCCUGAAACACCAUCCACUUCAUUUACCAAAACCCAUUUUGGGGUGAAGAGGCUUGUUCCUUCAGGUCCUAAUCCAGUGGAGCCUCCUGAAACACCAUCCACUUCAUUUACCAAAACCCAUUUUGGGGUGAAGAGGCUUGUUCCUUCAGGUCCUGAUCCAGUGGAGCCUCCUGAAACACCAAGCUCGAUUGCACAAGAAGAAGCUCCUCCAAGUUGGUGACCAUAGAAAGGCAGGCAGUAAGGUGCCACAUCUCAGAAUUAAAUGAUACUGUAUAUUUCAUGGGAGAUCCUGGCCCUCUUCUUUGUUCUUUGUAGCUGUGUUAUCGUUGUGUCCAUUAUAUCAAUAGGCUAGAGGAGUAAGCAUCCUAAAUAAUUGAGAGGUCAUCAUGUAAACUCAUGUGGAUCUCUCUAUGUUUCUUUCAAAAUAAGAUAUAUUUGGAUCGGUGUGUUUGAUAAUUGUUUUUUAGGACAAAAAUAAAU